CUGAGGGCCAGAGAGAGAAGCCUGAAGGUCACAUUUGGCCCUUGACCCUGAGAUCCCCCUCCAACAUCCCAAGCAGGAUGCUCCACUCCACUCCUGAUACAUGCAUGAAUUCUGUAUCAUUCAAAGACUACUUGGGGUUUUCCCCCCUGCCCAUCUCAUCUGCUGGCCAAUCACAGCAGUGGACAACAAAGUCAGUCACAAACAUGGCUGUGGCCGGCAGGUUCUACCUUUCACCCUUGUCUCCAGUGGGGGCAGGUGGCGGACAUCUAGGAGGUGGAGCCUCUCAGCCUAGCCUACCUCACAGGGUUGUGACCAGUCAGAUGAAAGCAACCGUACUGCUGCACAGUAUGCAUGCACAGUAUCUUUGCAAGUGGUGGGGUGGAACCCAGAGCAAACUGGCGCUGCUUCCAGAGGCUCCCUUGGCAGCCCCACCAGGCCCAGUGGUCACCAACCAGCACGGAUACGAGCCAAGGAGGAAGCAAUCUUUGUAGUUUGUGUGUCCCCACUGUUUCUCAGCUAUGGAGCUUGGAGGGUGCGAUAGGAUCCAGCCUAUCAUGAUGCCUGUGUGUGCAGGCUAGAUAAGAGCCAUAAAGCACUUACACUUCAGAGAAUAAUAAAAUAUUGGUGGCCACUGAUAUGGACAUUACAUAUUUUGAAGACUGGGAGAAUCAAGGGCAGAAUAAUUCGGUGUUAUUGCCAAGCACCAGGAACCCAGGGAGCUGUGUGGCGUUACUGAUUAACAUGCUUCUUAGCAUUAUUUUCCUGACGUCAGCAUGGCUGAAAGCCAACUCACUAAUAAUCGCUCAUAUCAAUACCAGUAAAGCAUCGUGGAAACUGCAGCGGUUACUGUGCAGCCAGAGAUGAGCGCAGCAAGAUCUCAUUCCUCCCUGCAAAUGCUUGUUGGAAAGAGAAAGUUCCUCUCCUGGGCGAGCUAAAGAAGGAACAGACCAGGGUAAAUCUCUGAAAACAGCGGAAGGAAUGCAAAACACAGAUCCUCCUGAAGAAGAAAUGCAAAAUACAGGUGAUGUAGGACGCAUGGUUGGAAUUUCAGGCUCAGAGGGCCCAGCCUCUCCUGUGGGACGACCCAGCCUAGGUGCCCCAAAUCAACCGAGUCUGGACACGAACCCACCAAACUCUUUCCCUCCAUCCUUUUGGGUAGCGACUCCUCCAGACAGCCCUGCAGAGAAAGUGGACCUUGGGUGCUCCUCUGCAGUCCCAGCCGCAGACACAGACUGUGUCAUCUGCUUUAACCGGUACAGUCUUAGCAGACUGCCAAAACUUCUGGCUUGCCAGCAUCUCUUCUGCGCCGUCUGCCUGAAGCUUAUCCUGAGUAACGACGGGAAGACGUGGGAAAUUGUUUGCCCCAUCUGCCGAAAAGCCAGCUCCGUCUUUGGGGGCCUUAUCUGCAGCCUCCGCGAUAAGGAGCAAGCCGUUCCUGAGCCCUUGCCAAACCCUGGCUGGAAUGCAGAGGGUCUCUUUCCUUUGGAUGCUCGGAGAGGGAAGCCGCUGGCUCGUGGCACUUUCCAUGUCAACCCAGAUGAUGGCGGCAGCAGCAGCGAUAAUGUCAGGGUGGCUGCCAAGAGGCUGGUCUUCCUUCUGCUGCUCUCAGCCCUGCUCGUGGCCCUCAUUCUACCCAUCUUGGAUCAGGGGCUGCUGAAGUGGGCCAUCUGCAUCGCCAUGGGCUUGGGACUGGCCUUAGCUGGGGUGCUUUGCUUCAACCCAAAGUGGCGGUGCGGCAGCCUCUGUGGUUCUCUCCCGUCCUGGAGAAUGAGAGCGAGUCACAUCACCUCUGUCGCUGAAAGUUCCCCACACUGCAAUUAUUAAACUAUGGAACCUUCUUCCACAAGAGGUAGGGAUGGUCACCAACAUGGAUGGCUUUAACCUGGAUCCACUUGACCCGUGCGAUCGCCUUACUCCAUGUAAGCCCACUCGACCAUUUCAAUCUACAGAACUGGCAUUGUUACAGGUGCCACCUAAUACUUGUUUUACCUUUGUAAGAAAUCAUUUAGCAUGGCAAAACCUACACUUUGGAACUCCCUGCCUAUUGACA